CGCAACGUAAGCAGAACAGUUGGCGACUUAUUUUCCUGCUGUGCAACGUUAGCUUAUCAGUUGUGCGAAAUGCUUAGACGCUCAAGCACCGCCAUUGCGAAGACAACAAAGCAACGACACUAGAACUAAUCAACGCAAACAUGGUAUUAGGUUGCGCGGACUGCUGCAGCCACACGGGCUACGACGCCAUUGGAAAUACGGGUCCCCGUUUUGGUGUGCGUCAUCUGCAAUGCAUUUUAGUAUUUUUCGGCUUGGCCGUGGCAUAUGCCCUACGUGUGAAUCUCUCCGUGGCCAUCGUGGCCAUGACGGAUAGCAAUCACACCAAUCCAGCAUUUCCAGAGUUCCCCUGGGACGAGAGCAUCAAGUCGUAUCUGCUGAGUAGCUUCUUCUGGGGCUAUGUCGUGACGCAGGUGCCGGGCGGCUAUCUCUCGGCAAUAAUUGGUGCUAAGUAUAUGCUCUUCUUCGGCGUGCUCAUCUGCUCCUGCCUGGCACUGCUGACGCCCUUCUGUGCGAUCACUGGAGGCUGGAAAUUGGUCGUUGUAUUGCGCGCCAUUCAAGGACUCUGCCAAGGCGUCAUCUUUCCAUCCACCCACACAUUCCUGUCCAAAUGGGCGCCAGCUGAGGAGCGUGCGAGGCUUGUGGGCUAUUGCUAUUCGGGCUCCCAGUUUGGCACUGUAAUCAUGCUGUCGGUGAGCGGAUAUAUUGCAUCUUCGUCGCUGGGCUGGCCCAGUAUAUUCUACAUAUCCGGCUGUGCCGGCAUUAUGUGGUCCAUGAUCUGGAUCUACUUGUGCGCCAGCACUCCCGCGCAGCAUUCCUCAAUAACUCCCAACGAGCGGCGGUACAUUGAGACCUCUGGUCAGCUGCGUCGCCCGUCGGAUGCAGGUCGCGAAGAAUUCGUGGCACAUCAAAACCUGCGCACGCCCUGGCUUCGCAUCUUCACCUCGCUGCCGUUCCUGUCGCUCCUCUUGGCUCAUUGCGCCAACAACUGGGGCUUCUGGACGCUGCUCACCCAGAUUCCGACCUUUAUGAAGAAUGUGCUGGGCAUGGACAUCAAGCACAAUGGCCCGCUCUCUGCGUUGCCCUACUUUGCCAUGAUCCUGCUCACCUGCUUCUUCAUCUGGCUGUCGGAUAUACUGCAGCGCAAUGGAAGCCUGAUGUCGCUGAGCUUCUCACGCAAGCUCUUCAACUCGAUUGGCCUCUGGCUGCCAAUGCUGGCACUGCUGGGCCUGGGCUUCAUCACCCAGGGCAGUGCGAAUGCCAAGCUGGCGAUUGGCCUGCUCACCCUGGCGGUGGCCACCAAUUCGGCCAGCUAUCUGGGCUUCCAUGUCAACCACAUCGAUCUGUCGCCCAACUUCGCUGGCACCCUGAUGGGCAUCACCAACUGUGCCGCGAAUGUGAUGAGCAUCUUGGCCCCGCUCAUUGUUGGGCUCAUUGUUAGGGAUGAGACCAAUCCCACGCAAUGGCGCAUUGUCUUUUAUUUCACGGCUUUUGUCUAUUUCAUUGGCAAUUUAGUUUUUAUUGUGUUUGGACGUUUCACUGUGCAGCCCUGGAACACUCCCAGCACCCACAGGCAGACGCGCUCUGUGUCUAUCAGUGGGUCAGAUGAAGCGGCACGCGCCCCCCUAAUUGAUACCUAAAUGUGAAAAGUUCUAUAUAUAUAGUUUUGAAUUGAUUCCUAUGCUAUUCGAAUUUACAUUCUGGAGUGAGUCUUAACAAAGAAACUGAUGUACCUUAUCGUAGGGUAUUAUAUUAUGGAAUUGAUUGCCGCUAUUUUACGUUGCGACUAUUUUUACAGCGACUAGUUAUGUAGGACAU